AUGGAUAAGUUGCUAUGUGAUGAACUUGUACAAGAAAUCUUCCAAAGACUUCCACCAUCAACAUCCUCUUCAGUUUCUCUGGUCUCCAAGCGCUGGCUUUACCUCUACCGAACCUCCAAAACCUCCCUCUCUCUCCGCCUUACCCCUCAUGAUUACACCAUCCCUUCUCUCUCCUCCCUUCUCUCUCACUACCCUUUCCUUUCUUCUCUCUCUCUUCUCUUACCUCCUGACCCCACCACCACAAAAUCAACCACUUUUGCUGAUCAUCUCCUUCUCUUAGUCUCUUCCUUCUGUCCCCAGCUUCACAGCCUGAGGUUUUUGGCUGGUCCUGUCUCCCUCUCCUCUCUCACUUCUCUCUCUACAGCAUGUACCCAACUCACCUAUCUGUGUAUCAAUCUCUCCAGGCCUCUGUUCCUCAUGUGGAUUCUCAAUUUCCCUUCUUUGAAGGAACUGUCAAUCUUGGUUUGCUGUGGGGAAGGUCUUGAACAAGCUGUUGAUGUCAAUACGGAAUAUGGGUUCUGUGCAGACGACGAUUCUGAUGCAGAAUUGGGUUUGGAAAGUCUUUGUUUAUCUGGAAUUGGAGCUGAUGAUUGGGGCUUGGGUUGGCUUUGGAGAAGCUGUAGAAAGCUGAAGAAAUUGCAGUUUAGGAGCUGUGAAGGGAUUGGUGAUGGAGGGUCUUUUUCGUCCUUUGUUAGGUGUUUACAGGGUGUUCAAGAAGUGGAGCUCAGGACUUGUAGGACUAUAAUUGAUGGGGUACUGGUGAAAUUGGCCGAGAAUUGCGAUUCUCUGACUUCUCUUUUGGUUUAUGAUGGUGGUAGCAGAGAGGGUCUGCUUAGGUUCUUUAGCCAAAGCCAUUGUAACUUGCAAAAACUCGACCUUCGAUUACCUCUCGACCUUAAAAAUGAUCAUCUAUUGGCUGUCGCAAUGAAUUUCAGAAGCCUUUCAAGUCUUAAACUUCAAAGCUGCUGUCUUGUCAGUGGUGAAGGCCUCAGGGCUCUUGGGGCCGCCGUGAGUUCUGGCCUUGAAGAAUUGGCUCUAGUAAAUUGUGAUGUGGUUGAAAGAGAACCAGGGUUGUUGUCCACAUUAGGACAGAAUUUCAGGCAACUGAGGAAAUUGGAUUUGUCUUAUAAUGAAAUGUUGGUGGACAAAGAGCUCGCAUCAAUGCUAGUUUCAUGUAACUAUUUGGUUGAUUUGAGGUUGAGAGGAUGUAAAGGGCUUACUAAUGCAGCCAUGGUUUCUGUGUUUAAGAGCUGCAAGUAUUUGGAGAAUGUUGAUAUCAUUCGCUGUUGUGGGAUACAAGCUGAGGCAAUUGAGUUUUUUGUUAUGAACUCUCCUCAGCUGAGACAGCUGCAGGUCGAGCAAAGCAAGAUAUCGGAUGCCGCAAAGACUUGGGCCUCACAUAAGUUCAUUGAGGCUGUUGCUUGA